AUGGGGGCCAGGCUGCCCUUCUUCCUCUUCCUGACACUCCUGAGCAGCUCACAGGGAACAGGGCCAAGAAUGAUUUUGCAGCUGAAGCUGAAGGACUCCCUUCUAGCAAAUUUCUCCUAUGAUUCCAGCUUCCUGGAAUUGCUUGAAAAGCUCUGCUUCCUCCUCCACCUCCCACCUGGGACCAAUGUCACCCUUCAUCAUGCAGGAUCCCCACACCGUGCCAUCUGCAAAGUCUGA